UCUACCUCCUACUAGAUGCUUAUUUGAUGAUGAUAUCCUCCUUUCGAUUUCUCGGGUCUAGGAAAAAUGAUCUCCACUGAUCAAAUGAUACCUAUGAGAAGUAGAUAGGUACUCUAGGCUAAGCACGUACUUCGAAAUUGUCAAACGAUAGCGUCCAAAACGGAAUUGCGCAUAUCAAAGGCCGACCAUGGACACAUCCGAUCAGCUUAUAGCUAGAAAGGCGAAGCUUGAGCAGUUGUACGUUGGGAAGGAUAUCGAGAAUAUCCCCAAGCCAGCAGUGGUCCUUGAUGUCUCAAAAGCGCGCCGUCAUUGCUCCUCGAUGUUAGCCGCGACCAAAGCGCUAGGAGUUGGAUUUAGACCCCAUAUCAAAACACAUAAGACUGUUGAACUCACGAAAAUGCAAAUUGGCGACGAUGCAAGCGAUGUUAAGCUUGUGGUCUCGACAGUUGCCGAGAUCGAGCAUAUUCUUCCCUUACUUAAGCACCUUAAGAAAGAAGGGCGUCGUAUCAAUGUGCUUUAUGGGCUGCCGCUUCCGGCUUCGCAAGUAGACCGCGUGGCUGAGAUCGCAUGUCAACUAGGCCCUGGUAGCAUUUCUUUCAUGCUGGACCAUCCAUCACAGAUUAUUUCGUUACGCCGCUUCUUCGAUGCGGCAGGAUUUCCUGCUGAGGUCUUCAUGAAAGUGGACACCGGAUAUCAUCGAGCAGGUCUCCCACCCGAAGCUUUAAACGCCGGCGGUCUUGUUGAAGCCGUAACUCGGCUGCAUCUUGGAGGCGAGGCGAUAUUGGUGGGAUUGUACUCCCACAGUAGUCUGAGUUAUCAAGGCAAAUCCACCCGAGAAGCCAUGGAUAACUUGUCUACGGAGAUUAGAGGCUGCGUAGAUGCGGUGAGGUAUAACCACCAACAUCUUCCAACCCCAGCCUUCCAUCUCACGAUCAGCGUCGGCGCGUCGCCUCAAGUCACUUCUAUCCAAAACUUCGUCCAGUGCGACAAGCAAAAGAACGAGUCUGCGGAUGAUCUCAUGGGUGUAAUUCAGGAUCUAUCCACCGAAGAAGUUUCGGGAAUCAAAAUCUCUGUUGAGCUUCACGCCGGAGUCUAUUCAGUUCUCGAUAUGCAGCAGCUGUCUACGAACUCCAGGAGUUCGAUGGGCAGAUUUGACGAAGAGAUCGCAAUCUCGGUUGUUGCUGAGGUAGUGAGCGUCUACAAUGAUGGUGAGCGACAAAACCCCGAGGCCUUAGUUGCGGUCGGGACGUUAGGACUAGGCAAGGAGCCUUGUCCUUCGUAUGAUGGUUGGGGUAUCGUCGGUUCGUUACCCGCAUUAGAAAAGGUUGGCUUCGAACGGAGACUUGUUGUGAAAAGAAUCAGCCAGGAACAUUCUAUCCUUUCUUGGGAUACCGACGACGAUAAUUUGAUACCGCAUUAUCCGCAGGGGAUCCCCCUCGAAGUUGGCCAGGCCGUUCGGAUAUAUCCCAAUCACGCUUGCAUCACGGGCGCAAUGUACGAUUGGUACUUUGUGAUAGAUUCAAGUCAGUCCAAUAGCCCAACCAAAGUCAUUGAUAUAUGGAUGCGGGCUCGAGGGUGGUAAUCAUCGGCAAGCAACAUUAAGUAAGGACUGAAAUGAGGACUGCAAUGCGGAAUUGAUGGCACUGUCUAUAAUUUUGAAUUAGUAAGAGUCUGAAAGGAAUUGUUGAAGAGAAAACCACAGCAAAGGUAUUCCCCACCCACCUAGAAAUCGUAAUCAACCAAUCAAACGCUUUCAAUUUCCUUAGCGUUGCCUCAUUUGGAAGUAAUCGUUGACAGCGGAUAUAGCAAGAGAACUUAAAGUCCGCGGCAUUGGCAAGACUGCAUGAUACUGGUUUAUUGAACAUGGUUAAUUGAAAUACUGGUAUAGAUUCCAGAGAGGUACGUUCGUAAGAGGAACCAAUAUUUCGUACUUCGUACACGACGCUUGCAUAACAUAUUAUUCCGGGAUUUCCAGGAAACUCAUGGGUAGAGUUGAAACCCGCGGCUUACGGGAGAGAUUUACACGCUUACGAUCCACCUGGAGGAAAUUCACAUUAGUGAAUCCCGCGGAUAUAUUCGUACAAUUGAGCUGCUAUCGCAUUUCCCAUAACGCUUUUACUGUAUCAUUUACAUCAGAUAUCAUUAUAAAUCUGUUAAAGACCUCUUCAUUUUGAAUUCAAUAUUUAAUUCGCAACA